AUGUCGGUUUGUUCUGUUGUAAUGGAUAAGAACAAUCAUGUUCUUUUGACGAAAAGGCCAUCUAACUUAAAUAGUUUUCCUAAAGCAUGGGUUUUACCAGGAGGCAUUGUUGAUUUCUAAGAGUCAUUUGAAUGGGCUAACAUUAGAGAAUUAUAGGAAGAAACUGGACUAGAUUAUUAAUUAAUUAGAAAAUACAAAAGAUUUGGCACAGGGGAUUAAGUCCAUGAGCAAAAAUUAAAUGAAUGGAUCCCUUAAGCCUACCCAAGAAUACAGGGGUUUGACGUGGAACUAUUUCCAUUUUAUUUAUAUGAAAGCGUUACUAAAAAUAUCUCAGAUCCUGUCGAUCCUUCCUUGCAAGUAUUUCCACCUAAGUAUUCUCAUUUGAUAAUGAUGUUUAUGAAUAAAAUAUCAGCUAAUUACUAGGAGAUUAAACUCAAAUUCAAUCGAGAUGAAGUAGAAGAUGCAGCUUGGGUAUCUUUAGAUAUUCUUAAAAAUGUAUUUGCAGGUAAAAAUUAGAAUAUUGAAGUUAUGAAAGUUGAUUAAAACUUGAAUUAAGAAAAUAAUUUUACAAUUCAAUAGAAAUAAACUGACGUUUUUUAUCCACUUUAUCGAUACAAUCAUCACAGUGAAGGACUAGGCAAAGGUCAUUAUCUGGGUUUAAAGUAUUUGAUUAAUAUAAUAGAGUCAAAUCAGAUAUAGAAUAUUAAAUUGGAUUAACAGAUUAGACCAUGCAUUGAUUAUCUUGAUGAAAAAAAUUCAAUUCAAUUCAAACUAGAUAAAUCCUUCUCUAAGUCAGAAUGA